AUGUUGGCAUUGAAAUUGUUGGUUUUAGUAUUAUUAUCAAAUUUAGUUUUUGGUUGGCGUAUCACAGACGAAGUACAAAAUAAAAAAUAUUUAAUUGGGACUCCUAGAAAUGAUGAUUAUACGAAAUUAAAACCAAAACUGGCAAUUACUGAUAAAAUACAAAAGAUUAUAGAUAUAUUUAAUAAUAAACCAUCAACAAAUAAUGAAACUAUAAAUAAAAAUUUAAUAUUAAACGAUGACAUUACAACUGAACGAUCAAAUGAUGAAACUACAACUGAAAAAUCAAAUAAUGAAACCACAACUGAACAAUCACAUGAUAACGCUACAACUACAAAUGAUGUUACUACAGAAAAUCCAACAACAACAGAUGAACCAACGAAAACGUCAGAGGGACCAGAACCAUCUACAUGUAACAGCAGUCUGUACUCAAUAAAAGAUUUAGAAUUGAUUAUUGAUUAUAUAGUCAAUAAUAGUGCAAUUUUCACAAAUAUUAUUAGUGAAAUUAAUAAUAAUACUACACAAAUUCGUGAUAUUUUUUUGGGAGAUAUAAAACAAUUCUACACAUGUUUAGAAAAUGGAAUUGAACAUUUAGAUCAUAUACUUAAAGGAUUUAAUGAUACUCGCAAGAAAUUAGAACCACGUCUUAAAAAAAUAACAGAAUCAUUUGAAAAUUACACCGAUUUACUGAACAGUUUUCAAGACCAAAAUAAUACGGCAAAUAGUUUAUUUGAAAAAUUUAAAAAAAGUAAUAACAUAUGCGAAUUUGGAUGUGGAAAAAGUAUUAAACCAGAAAGGGCGAAUGUUUUAAGAAAUUUACAAACGUAUAAUCCAGAAGAGUAUUAUUGUGGUUCUAUUGAAGAAAUAAGAGCUGUAAUAUUGUCUAAUUUCAUUACGUAUUCCAAAUCCCUACAAAAUGAAAUGAAUGAUCAAAUAAAAAAUGACAUUGAAAAAAUUAAGAAAGAAGUCGACACAAUGAAGAAUGACAUAAAAGAUAUUAUACUCAAAAAAUUUGAUCGUACUUUUUAUGAUAUUUUACAGUUGCAAGAUGAUUACAGUCAUUUUUCUGAAAAUGUUAAUAAAGCAGAUAUUAAUAAAAUAGAGGAAAUAAAACUGAAUACAGCCGAGUUGUUACCGAAAUUGAUGUCAUUCAAGGACACACUUUCAAAGUUUAACAAAUUUUGUAGAGCUUGCGACAAUGAUCUGGCUUUGCAUUAUCUCAAUGCAAAAAAUAUAAGUGACGAGACUGAAACAUACAAUCUUUUGAAUAAAAUAAUUAAAGCUAAAGAAGAUGAAGUCGCAUCUGUAAUAAAAGAAAAUUAUUUUAAUGUACUUAAACCUCUGAAAGAUCAGCUGUCACCUCCGUAUAAAAUUGAUUUUAACUAUAUAGGAAAAAUUUAUAAGGACGUUAGAGUAAAAAUUGAAAAUGAAAAAGCCAUAUUUGUUAAUCUUAACAAUCAUUUCGAUCCACUUUUGCUUAUAAAAGUCGAAAACUUACAUAAAGAAUCAACAGAAUUGUUAGAAAAUAUUGAUAAACAUACGGAUCUUAUUAACAAUUUCAUGGAAAAAAAAUAG